AUGAGUAAUCAGUUGUGUCAGAUAGAUUGUCUGCCAGAAGAUGGGGUGAGGGAAGGAGUGUGUGCCAGGACUGCACACCUCCUACUCUUCCUCUUUGCCUUUUUUCUCCUCUUACAUCUUCUCCUUUAGUGUCUCUUGCUGCUUCGGCCAGGGAGAAAAGGAGAGUGGAACAUUGUUUCCCCCCAGGGCGACAGAGCAGAGAGUAUCUUCUGCCAGGAUAUCGUGCCUCCUCUCCUCUCUGGCCUCCUCUCUCUUUGUAGCCGAUAUGGCCAAUCGCCUCCUCAUCUGGAUCCAGAAGAGACAGUUGAGAAGAAGGAGACGCAGGGGUUCAGUUCAGAUUUGAUGGACUGCAGCACACAUGAAGAGACCAUGUCCAGAUUCUUCUGA